UGUCCCCCACCUACCUACCCGCCCACCUACCCGCCCCCUCCCCACGCAGAUAUCUGGGACCCCGGGAAGAACCCGGUGAUGCUGUUUCUGCAUGGUGGGUCCUACAUGGAAGGCACCGGGAACAUGUUGGAUGGCUCUGUCCUGGCCACCUACGGCAACGUCAUUGUAGCCACACUCAACUACCGGCUUGGGGUGCCUGGUUUUCUCAGCACUGGGGACCAGACUGCAAAAGGCAACUACGGGCUCGUGGACCAGAUCCAGGCCCUGUGCUGGCUCAGUGAGAACAUUGCCCACUUUGGCGGCGACCCUGAGCGCAUCACCAUCUUCGGAUCUUGGGCAGGGGCCUCCUGUGUCAACCUUCUGAUCCUCUCCCACCAUUCGGAAGGGCUGUUCCAGAAGGCCAUCGCCCAGAGUGGCACUGCUAUUUCUAGCUGGUCUGUCAACUAUCAGCUGCUCAAGUACAUGCGGCUGCUGGCGGCCAAGGUGGGCUGUGACCGGGAGGACAGCGCCGAGGCUGUGGAGUGUCUGUGCCGGAAGCCUUCUCGGGAGCUGGUGGACCAGGACGUACAGCCCGCCCGCUACCAUAUCGCCUUUGGGCCCGUGGUGGACGGUGACGUGGUCCCCGAUGACCCUGAGAUCCUCAUGCAGCAGGGAGAAUUCCUCAACUAUGACAUGCUCAUCAGUGUCAACCAGGGAGAGGGCCUCAAGUUCGUGGAGGACUCGGCGGAGAGCGAGGACGGCGUGUCCGCCAGAGCCUUCGACUUCACCAUCUCCAACUUUGUGGACAACCUGUAUGGCUACCCGGAGGGCAAGGAUGUGCUGCGGCAGACCAUCAAGUUUAUGUACACGGACUGGGCUGACAGGGACAAUGGUGAGAUGUGGCGCAAGACCCUGCUGGUGCUCUUUACCGGCCACCAGUGGGUGGCACCGGCUGUGGCCACCGCCAAGUUGCACGCUGACUACCAGUCCCCUGUCUACUUUUACACCUUCUACCACCACUGCCAGGCUGAGGGCCGGCCCGAGUGGGCAGAUGCAGCACACGGGGAUGAGCUACCAUAUGUCUUUGGUGUGCCCACGGUGGGUGCCACCGACCUCUUCCCCUGCAACUUCUCCAAGAAUGAUGUCAUGCUCAGCGCCGUGUUCAUGACCUACUGGACCAACUUCGCCAAGACCGGCGACCCCAACCAGCCGGUGCCACAGAACACCAAGUUCAUCCACACCAAGCGCAACCGCUUCGAGGAGGUGGUGUGGAGCAAGUUCAACAGCAAGGAGAAGCAGUACCUGCACAUCGGCUUGAAGCCGCGCGUGCGCGCCAACUACCGCGCCAACAAGGUGGCCUUCUGGCUGAAGCUCGUGCCGCACCUGCACAACCUGCACACGGAGCUCUUCACCACCACCACGCGCCUCCCUCCCUACGCCACGCGCUGGCCGCCGCGCCCGCCCCCUGGUGCCCCCGGCACUCGCCGCCCCCGCCUCCCCCCGCCCCCCCCCCCGCCUCCGGCCACCCUGCCGCCCGAGCCCGAGCCGGGCCCCCAGGCCUACGACCGCUUCCCCGGGGACUCCCGAGACUACUCCACGGAGCUCAGCGUCACCGUGGCCAUGGGCGCCUCCCUCCUCUUCCUCAACAUCCUUGCCUUCGCCGCUCUCUACUACAAGCGGGACCGGCGGCAGGAGCUGCGGUGCAGGCGGCUCAGCCUUCCCCCCAACCGCCCCGGCGGCUCGGGCACCGGCGUGCUCGGCGGGGCUCUGCUCCCUGCUGCCGGCCGUGAGCUGCCACCCGAGGAGAAGCUGGUGUCGCUGCAGCUGAAGCGGGGCGGGGGCGUCGGGGCGGAACCUGCGGAGGCCCUGCGCCCCGCCUGCCCGCCCGACUACACCCUGGCCCUGCGCCGGGCGCCGGACGAUUUGCCACUGUUGGCCCCCGGGGCCCUGACCCUGCUGCCCAGCGGCCUGGGGCCACCCCCUCCCCCGCCGCCCCCCUCCCUCCAUCCCUUUGGGCCCUUCCCCCCGCCUCCCCCCACCUCUACCAGCUACAACAACACGCUCCCCCAUCCCCACUCCACCACUCGGGUAUAGGGGGCGGCUCGGGGAGGCCCCCCUCCCCGGCCCUCCCGGCCAGCUCAGAAGGCAGGGAGGAGGACUUGGCGGACAGGCUUUUGUCGUGUGGAGCUGUGACACAUCGAGGAGCUUUAGGUGGACAUGGGUUUCCUCGCCGGGAUGUGUGCGCUUCUCCCGCGCGGAGUGGCCCGUUCUCUUCUCCGGACGUGGGCCUUUGAACAAGUGGGGGGGUGUUUUUUCCCCUCCGUCGUCUGGACACCCGUCUUCGGUGUGUGGAGACGUGGAAGUAUUUUCCCACGUGGAGGUGUGCUUUCUCACGAGGGGGUGAGAAACCAUGUGCAGGGUGAGGGUUUUUUUUGCCGCCCUGGACACAUGUUGGCUCCCUCAAAGAAUUUCUGUGGGGAUUUGUGCCCCCACCUCCUCCCUCCUCCCACCCCCCUGGAGACCCUGGAAGUGGUGUGUUCACAAACAGCGACCCUUGGCCACCGGACGACGCAGGGUGGUGCCUGGGAAGUAGCGAGGAAAUCACAGCCCCCCUGCCCUGCCCCCAGCCCUCCCGCCCCAGCGAAGCAUGUGUAUCCCCCGUGGCACAAGUGAGGUGAAGCACGGUCUCCCCCGGGCAGGCCUCGCCUGCCACAGAUGACAGACACACAUUCCCUGCCACGGGGAAGAGAGGAGACCUUGCAUCCCUGUGCUGCCUGGGAACUUGUCUUCCCCUGGGUCCAGGAUGCAUUUCUGAGUGGAAACAUGUUCUUGCAUGUGGAUGUACGUUUUCCCAUGCAGACGACCCCUUUCUCUCCAGCACUUCCCUGCAUCUUAGGGCCUCAGGCCCAGCACUUAACUUCUCACACAGCAGGUGUGAAAGGACUUCAAACUGACAGAAGCUGAGGGGGAGGGACAAACCCUGAGGAGAUGAACAGACCCUAAGCUCUGCCCU